UACGGGGAAAAGAAAUAAAUCCCGAAGUUGAACUGAAUUGAAGCUGAAACUGUGACUUUGGUUUGGUGUGUGAUGUCGGAGAAACUUGUCUGAAAUCGAAAUCCUAAUUACUACUAAGUUGUAACAACGAAUAACAUCUCUUGUCGUGAUCUUCAUUUGCAAUGCAAACUCCCGACGAUAUUCGCAACCUCCCUAUCGACAUCACCUUUUCUCGUCUCGGAGAAUGGUUGGUCGAUCGCAAGAGAGUACCUUCUGAUUGGAGGAAACGCGUGGCGGCGAUUAAGGUUAGAAUAUCAAAGGAAUUCUCAUCACUCCCCAAGGAUUCUGAUCCCCUUUUUCAAACCCUAGACCCUGACGGGAUUGGUUAUCUAGAGGCCAAACAGAUAUAUGAUAUUCUCUUGAAGUCUACUUCGGAAAGCAGGAAUAUAUUUGGUCGCCUAUCAGGUGCUGCGGGUGCAUGGGAAGCAAUUGUGCGAUCUUUUGAGAAGGAUCAUGUUUUCCUUGGUGAGGCUGCACUGAUUAUAACUCAAAAUGUGAACUAUGAAAUCCCUUAUCAGAGGAAACAGGUACAGAAGAUUCAACAGCAGCUGGCAGAACUCGAUCGCAAGGAGGCUGAUAUAAAAAGAAGUGCUGCACUGUCGGCAGCCAAAUACGUUGAAGCUUGUCAGGAGCUUGGCCUGCAGGGGAAAAAUGUCAGAUUAGAACUUUUGGAAACAGCAAAAUCACUUCCAAGCACAUUUAGCAGGAUUUUAGAUGUUGUAAAUAGUGACAACAUUUCACAGGCAAUCGAAUAUUAUUGCAAUUUUGUCAGAGAUGCUCACACCGAAAAGGAUAGAUCUUCGGAAGCUGUACUACAUAACUUGAGGAACAUGCGUGAAAAUCCUCCAUCUUUAAAUGUUGCUGUUGACUCUGAUAUUAUUAAUAUUGUCAGUGUUCACUCAAGUAACAAGGAAACAAAUCCUGCAGUAAGCAGUGAAGAAGUUGCUGCUCCUGACAUUGACUGGGAUAUUUCAGUGGAAAGUUCACAAAUCGAUUGGGACAUUGGAACCGUAGAAGAAACCGAGGAUACUGGUAAUGGUUUGGGUCCUUAUGAAAUCAUUAAUGCCUCUGAGGCCAUACAAACUUCUUCAUCAACUGAGGAUGUCGGAUCUGAUCCAACAAUAUCAAACGAAGAACUAGGCUCACAUGCAGAAAUAUCCUGGGAUAUUAGUGUUGAGUCUGCUCAUGUUGAUGUGAUUGACGAUGUUAAUGCAUCAAAUGCAGUGCCGGACAAUCAGACUUCUCUUCCAGAUGCCUUAUCUCAAUUGACAGAAAACAAUGAAGGGAGGAGCCAAAUUUUAGACACAGAGUACAGAAAUAAGAUUCUUGACGAUCUGUACGAGCUGAAAUCCUUCUUAAAUCAACGGUUAGCUGAAUUGAAGAAUGAGGAAACUUUGUCGCUACAAAAUCAAGUACAGGCAGUUUCUCCCUUUGUACUACAGCAGUAUGCUGCUGAUGCUAUAGAAACGAUGCAAAGUGAUGUUUCUUUGGCAAUUUCAUUGCUGACAAAUAGGAAGACAAGGGAUCUCAUUAUGAUUCUCAACUCCAAAAGAUUUCUAGACAGACUAGUCAACUCUUUGGAGGAAAAGAAACAUCAUGAAGUCAAGUUGAAAGACGGGUUGAAGGACUUGGCUACUAAGCGCAUGGAACUACACAAUUCAUUAUCUUCAUUGCGGCCAAAACAAGAUGCGGCUAUGGCAAAAACAAAGGAACUGAAAAAACUGUGUGAGAAUACACUUUCAUCCAUGUUUGAUGGAAGACCGGUUAAUAUAAUUGGUGAGAUCAACACUCUUUUGACCAGUGGUUUUGGAGCAUGAAGGUCUGAUUGAAGAAGAGAAGCUUCCUCUGAUAAUGAUGAAUCCUUUAUAGGUGGAUAAUGACUAGCUAAAAUAACUGAAUAAUGGGUUUUAUGGAGUAGAAAAUUUCCUUUUUUUUAAUCUUAUAUUCACAUUACCUGUUCUUUUUUUGACAUAUACAGAACUUUUACAAUGCAAAUUCUUACCGACAUGUUAUAAAUUAAGUAACUUAUGGAACUUGGUCAUUGGAACCGUGUCUUUGUUGAUCUUACAAGCAGAAGAUAUUGGAUGCAUUAUUCUUGCUCGA